GUUCGAGCUCUCGGCCAUUUUUGUUGCGUCAACGUCGAGUGCGGCCAGGGGCCUCUCGCGCUUUCCUAGCAGUCACGCCAGUUGCCUCCGGGAUUGCUCCGUAUCGUGUUCAGAGAGAGACUCAAUCGACACGCGCCGUUCUUGGAUAAACUGAUAAAGGCUUGAUCCGCGAAUCGCGAGAAUAGCGAGGCUAACCGCCUGACGAGGCGUUAAUAUCAGUCCGCGAGUCGACAAAGAGACCAAGAGGGAAAGAGAUAGAGAGAGACAGAGAUAGCGCGUUGGGACGCGUUGAGAAUUUUUUCGGCUAGAAGUGUGUGUGUGUGAGAGCGAGAGAGAAAGAGAGAAGAGCUAAAAGGGCUUCAAGCGACAGAGCGAAACCUACGCACCGAGGCGGAGUAAUAUGAGUAAUGCAGCCAACCAGAAUGGAUCAGGUCUAGAGCAGCAGCUAGCUGGUCUGGACUUGCAGGGCUCCCGCCAACCAAGUGGGGGCCGCUACGUUCCACCGCAUCUUCGUCAUAAAGCUGCGAGUAACCCACCCUUGGAUUUAAAUUACUCUUCCAACUCGAGAUCAUUUAGUGACCGAGAUAGAGGAGGAGAUCGCGAUCGCGACCAUGAGAGGGACCGUGAUCGAGAUAGGGGCAGGGGCGGUUAUCGAGACUCGCGAAGUCCUCGCGACAUCGAUUUCGCGAACUUCGGGAGCUUCGGUGGGCGCAGUAGACGCAGUCAGGAAAAUGGAAGAGAUUUCAGAUACUCCAAUUCCGAGCGCGAUCGACCAAUUAGCGGCAACGAUCGCUGGCAGGAGCCUAUUAGAAAUGAUCGCUGGCAAGACACUAGAAAUGACAGAAUGGGCGGCGGAAGAUGGGGCGACGACAGAGGCGGCCGAGGCAGAGGCGAAGUCGACUGGACGAUCCCCACUGCCAGGGACGAGCGAUUGGAGCUGGAGCUGUUUGGUUCUGGCAAUACUGGGAUCAAUUUUAGCAAAUAUGAGGAUAUCCCAGUUGAGGCUACUGGAGAGGUCAUACCACCACACAUCACAUCUUUUGACGAGGUUAAGCUGACAGAGAUAAUAAAGAAUAGCAUCGCCUUGGCAGGAUAUGACAAGCCUACACCGGUACAAAAGUACGCGAUACCAAUCAUCAUCGAACGCCGUGACGUGAUGGCCUGCGCUCAAACUGGGUCCGGUAAAACAGCGGCCUUCCUAGUGCCAAUACUGAAUCAGAUUUAUGAGAGCGGGCCGCGACCGCCACCACCGCAAGCGAACUCCUCCAGUAGACGUAAGCAGUAUCCGUUGGGUCUAGUGUUGGCUCCCACGAGAGAACUUGCUACACAGAUAUACGACGAAGCACGGAAGUUCGCAUACCGAUCGCGUAUGCGUCCCGCGGUCGUGUACGGUGGUUCGAACAUAGUAGAUCAAAUGCGCGAGUUGGAUCGCGGCUGCCAUCUACUUGUAGCGACGCCUGGACGUCUGGUAGACAUGCUGGGACGUGGUAAAAUUGGCUUACAUAAUUGCCGAUUCUUGGUACUGGAUGAAGCGGAUCGCAUGUUGGAUAUGGGUUUCGAGCCGCAGAUAAGACGCAUUGUCCAAGAGGAUAAUAUGCCACCGACUGGAGAGAGACAGACUCUCAUGUUCUCUGCUACUUUCCCGAAAGAGAUUCAAAUGUUAGCCAGAGAUUUUCUCAGCAACUACAUCUUCUUGGCAGUCGGUCGUGUGGGAUCGACUUCCGAAAAUAUUACACAGAAGAUUGUAUGGGUAGAGGAACAUGACAAGCGUUCAUACCUGCUUGAUUUGUUGCAGGCUAGCAACUUCUCAGAUCCUACUGCUGAGUCACUCACCCUAGUGUUCGUGGAGACUAAAAAAGGUGCCGACAUGCUCGAAGAAUAUUUGGCCUCAAUGGGAUACCCGGUUACUAGCAUUCACGGCGAUAGAACUCAACGCGAGCGAGAGGACGCGUUGCGUCGCUUCCGCGCGGGCAAAGCGCCGAUUCUGGUCGCUACCGCAGUGGCGGCGCGUGGUCUUGACAUACCGCAUGUUAAACAUGUCAUUAAUUUUGAUUUGCCUGGCGACGUUGAGGAAUACGUUCAUCGCAUCGGUCGUACCGGUCGUAUGGGCAAUUUAGGUCUGGCUACAUCAUUCUUCAAUCAUAAGAAUCAUAAUCUCGUACGCGACUUGGUAUCUCUGCUUAUCGAAGCCAAUCAGGAACUUCCAUCUUGGUUGGACGACAUGUAUACCGAAGCGAGAUAUUCUGGAGGUGGAUCUCGACGACCAGGUGGCGGCGGUGGCGGCGGCGGCGGUGGCGGUGGUGGUGGUGGUAGCGGCACCAAGGGACGCUUUACUGGCGGCGGCUUUGGUGCAAGAGAUUAUCGUCAACAAUCCAGUUCUGGACCUGGUCGUAGUAAUGGGCCCUCUAGACCUGGUGGUUACGGAGGUUAUUCAAGUUACGGAGGUAACUAUACUAAUUCAUCGUACAAUAAUUCCACUAAUAAUGGCAACAGUGGUCCUGACUGGUGGGGAGGAUGGGACAAGUAGACGCGAUUAUUUCCAUAUUUCUCUAUUUCUACUUCUAUCAUCAUUAUUAUUAUUACUCUACACGCAAAUUCAAUUAUAUGUAAGGAAGAAACACGACAUUAUUAUGUCUGACACUACACGCACGUGUUUUGCGCGCGUAUACAUGUACACAUGCGCAGAGUUACGGACAGUUUCACGUAUAAUACGUAUUCACGUGUUCGCUGACUGCCUGUGCACUCAGAAUUUUUUUUUUUGGAUGAGAGAAGCCAGAAAAAGAAUACUUAUGUUUAAAAUUCCACUAUUAUACAUUUGUUCGUGAGAGCGACAUUGACAAAUCCUGCGUGCAAUUUAGUAUUCGCGCCGGUGGAUCGCCGGAGAAUAUUUCAAAUGUGAAUGAUCUCACCAUAAAAAGUGCGAGUAUCGUAAAUAGGAUUUGUUCAACACUUAUUAGUUAGAGAUCCAUCCAACAUUUCGUUGCCGUGCGUGCUGAGAAACACAAGUAGUAUAACCACUAACGAAUCAAAUCGGUAAAAUCGUUAAGCUCUGUUUCGAAGGGAAUAACGAUGUAACACAGUAGCUGAAGAAACUUAGUAAAAUUUUUUAGAACUCCUGUCGAGACUAUGGGGCUCAUCGUAACUUCAUUAUUUACAUUUUUUUCUCUUUUAUAGGGGGUACGGUGGGCGUAUCUUCGGUAAUUAAAACGUUUAAAUGCAUUUGACUGUUUACAAAACAUUUUAAUGCACAAGUAUUUUAUUGCCUUUGCUACCAUAAUGGCCAGUAAAAGUCCGUGCAGUUUCGUUAAAGUGGAUAGCACAAUUCUUUAUACACAUGCACGUUUAUCGAUACGCCUAGGAUACGCCAAAUUACCGUCGCCAUAGAUUACACGAUGAUUCCUUAUUAUUAUUUUUUCUUUAAUUUGCUGUAGUUCAGCGACGAAUGGUACUUUGUUGUUUUGCCGUCCCCAGAGAGAGAGAUGAUAUUGCGCCGGCAAUAUUAUAUGGUUUACCUAAGCCACGUGAAUUUUUCGGGGAUCGACGGUUUUGAUAUUGAAAAAGCAAAAAAGAAUGGCAACACAGGCUACGUCUUAAGAUACCUUUAGAAAUCUCACAUUUUUGUUAUAGCCUGAUAUACACGAUAAUUUAGAAAAUUUCAAGACGGCGUUUAUUCGAUUUACAGCCGGCAAUUAUUUUCAUAAGUUAGGCUAAGAGCACAUAGAAAAAGUUAAGCAGUAGAACAUAAGUAGUAGUAAGAAAAUCAACAUGUAUUUGAUUUGCUACUGCUUAAGUUUUCAACUGUGGCUGAUUUGCUUACUGAUUGCUUACGUUUUCCUAUGUGCCACUAGCAUUAUUCUCAUAUAGCUUUGGCCAUUACAGUGAGACCUCGAUAUAUAAAGCGAUUAUAUAAUAUCAAUGUAAAAGAAAAAGUUUUCACGUAAUAAUUUUUGUUUAAAAAACUAUCUCUUUUUAAUGUGAAAUUUGUGAUCUUGCACUGUCUCUUUUCCACAUCAUAAACGCUCACUCUAGAUAACGAAGGAAAUAUCUGUAAUGAAUAUGUGGAGGUUUCACUGUAUACAAACGUGGUUAGAUAUGCUUUAGUGGAAAGAGCAGGUAUAUACAAAUGUUUAUAUGUACCUGAGCUUGAGUAGUUCUAUAGAUGGAACUGCGUUGAUCCCACGUAGAAGCGUGCUUCUCUAGUAGCAUUUCUAAAUGUAACGGAGACGUUGCCCUGCGAAAUUAAUAUGGCGCUUUACAAAAAAAAAUCUUAGUCUGCAAUACCGAAUGCGAAUGUGUGAGUGCUCAUAUGGAAGAUAAAUUAUGUUGAGACGGGUUAAAAAAAAUACGGUUGCAGUUACAGAGGGGUAUUAAAACAAAGAGCAGAGAGGGAGAAGAGAUGCUUUUGCAUUGAUAUAGUGGGUUCUAUCUUCAUUAAGAAAACAAAAAGGGUAGGGGGGAAAAAAGAAAGCAGCAUAAGCCUCUUGAGGGAGACACACGGGGCGCACUCAUAUUAUUUUCUAGCUGUAUUUAUCAGUAUAAUACGCGCGUUAUAUAUAUACAUAACACUAAAAUAAUUGAAAAACGACUGUGAUAUCGAACGAUCUUGUGACAUUCAAUUUCCAUGCGAAUUGAUAAACGAACAAUUAACGGAAUAACAAAUACAAUAAAUGUGUAUUAAAUAAUCGGUAUUGAAUGUCGGGAAGGAUAACUAGCUCAGUUUAUUUGAGCUGAGAACAAGAAUAUUAAGUCGUUAACAGUUAACACACACAAGACAACGUGGCUGUUGUCCGAUCGGGGAGGGCUGAACGCUAGGCUCUUGUGGUCCUGGAGGACCUUUCUAGGGCAUUGUUUCUGCUUAAAGUAACGCGCAUUAACGAUAUAUAGAUGACGCGAGCUCGCGAGUCAUUUACCGGUUGAAUGAUGGUGUUGAUAGGGCUUUGUAGGAUGUCGAAUAUCGUUUUGUGCUAAACGUCAGGUUCUUGUCUAUCUAAUCUAACUACGUGAGGGGAAAAAGUACAAAUUCGAUUUGCGUCACAACCGACAGGAUUUUUAGACAUGUCAUACUUAUACCUGUUAUAUUACUAGAUUUAAUAGUGCAAUUCGCGUGCGUGAAUCGUAUGCCGUGUGACCGUGGACCAAGGUGUGAAUGCCUCUUUUUUACUAGAGAGGGAUCGAUAAUUAUUUCAUCUAGAAGCAUUCAAGGGGUGGGGUAGCGUUUAACGAGGUAAAACAUUCGUUGGCUUCCGACCGUUGGGUGCGAGUGUUCUCAAAUUUUUAAUACGAUUCUCGUCAUCGAGGCUAUAUUACGUCAGCUCUCGGAGGUCCUCCCAAGAACGUUACUUACAGGAGAAUCCUUUCGCGGACGGCGACACUUUUCCAUGUCGGCGGAUAAUUCGCUAUACAGCGACAGUUCCAAUUUUGAUUCUGCCACUGUGAAACGUGGAUUUUUUACGCCGUGCCGAUAUCUCGCAUGUAUCGCGCGUAUUUCCAUUUCGUAAGGAAAACCUUGCGCAUCGGUUCCGAGACUGAUGUUACAUACGCAGGCUUCUUGCGUCUCCUUUCCUAUUUUAUUUUAUAUUAUUUUAUAAAAAAGUGACGAAGGAAAAGGUAUCGAUAGAGUUCCGAUUCCACGGGAGAAAAUUGAUCUGCGAACAAAGGCAGAUUAACGUAACGGAUCGAAUUUAACGUACGCGAUAUAAUACUUAAUCAUCGGCUCUUGGAUGCAAGAAGAGUAAAACUGGGACUUUGUGAGACCUUUUCUUUCUUCUAGGUAAUUUUUGCGAGAGAAAGAGGGAGAUACCGUGCUGUCUUUCGUCGGUAUUCGAUUUAAAAUUUUUCCCAUUAGGAGGCCACGCAUCCAAGGGUUAAAGUUCAACUGUACUAUGAUGCGUUAGGCAUUCGUGACACGUCGAUCGCGUGUUACGCGAUUUUAAUCAGUCAUAUGCAUUUCGAAACGAUACUUUUUUUCGUUUACAACUUACAUGGUGGCCAGAGCGUAUUUCAAGCGCGGCGGUGAUAGUAAGGGACACACCGCUUCCACAACUGUUAUCUCCUAGUUUUGUUAUUUUUUUCUUCAACAUGAUAACGUCCACGAUCGGUAUCGAUCACCGAUUAGCAGAAAGAGAGAGAGAGAGAAAGAGAAAAACUUUCGCUUUUGUAUUUCUUGUAAAUCCGAGACACACAUGACGUCGAACGUUCCUGCAAGAUAGUCAAAUGUCAACCGUGUAGCGAACUGACAUAUGUGUAAAUUAAACGUACGGUACUAUUUUUUUUUUUUUUUUUUUAUAGCGUAUUAGCAUACUUAGGAGAAGUAGGGGGAGCGAUAUAACCGCGAUUAUAUUAUUUAUUGAUCGAUUUAGUAUUUAUUUUCUACGUUUCGAAAGGUAAACAGUAAAUGUAUCUUUUGUACUGUACAUGUACUUUUCGUCUCAUGUUUGGUCCUCUGAAGUAUAUCGGACGAGCAGCCUUAGGGAAAAAAAAAAACACUUUACGGAUACAAAUAUAAAGAACGGAAUAUACGAUCAGACGAAAGAUUAAUUUAAAGAGUAUAGUGCGAGGAAGAGCGAGGAAAAGAUGAGUGGAGAGGAAGGGAAACGAGAGAAGGAGAACGAAAGAAAGAAAGAGAGGGGCUACCAGGCAUCAAAUAAACAAGCAAGGGGAAAGGGGGGGAAAAUAAAAAAAAGGAGAUAAAAAAGCGACGUUGGACUGUGACUGCAAUCAUUACCGAGGGGGAAAAGGAAAUUCCGCAAAGGAACACAUUACACAUCGUAUGAAAUGUAAAACGCGAAUGCGCGAUUGUAAUAAUAAUGACGCCGACAAGUCGCGGCGAAAAUCGUUCACGUGCGAGUAGUCUUGUAUUUUUUAUUAUUUUACAUUAAGCGUGCGCGCACGCGCUGCUCGUUGAUCGGGCGAUUCCCGACGACGUCUGUCGAGAUAGGAGGAACGGGCGUGCGUACCGUUCUCUCGCACUUUUGCGAUCCCUCGGAGAGGAGAGUGCGGACGAGAAGAAAAAAAAAAAUAAUAAAAAAUAUAAGGGCGCGUGCCCGUUCCUCCGGAAGGUGCACCAGCCAGAGAGAAGUGGGAUGGCAAAAGAAAUGUCUUCUAACUUGUUCCGAGCGUUUUUCAAUUUGGUACCGAGGACGUACGUCGUGCGCAUGUAAUCGGGGAGAGUGCGAGGGGAAAAAAAAAUUCAUCUCACCGCGUGCAGCGAAGGGGUGAGCGACAUGCGAGCGCUCGUGCGACGCUCCUCGCGUCGUUAUUUAAACUUGUAACCGUAAUGAUACUACUAAUCACUUCACUCGCAUAUUCGAGCGGGAGAGGUGUCUUUAACGGAACGGUAAACGUACCAUUCUGUCGGUCUCUUAUUUAAUAAUUUGCACAUUUACACGCGCUAUAAUAAUAUAGAAGCGAAACCGGAUAUGCGAACAAAGAAAAGCGACUGUUCCGAUGAACCAUAAUAUGUAUGUGUAUAUGUACGUAUAUACUUUAUGUUUAUGUACGUAUAUAUACACAUAUAUGUGCAUUGGAUAAAUUUCAUAAAAGAAGAGUGUCUCUAAAACGGAAAGGGGAGAGGAGAGAUUGAUCAAAGAGGAAGGAGGAAAGGGUUCAUCAGCAUGCGUCGUAUAUUUAUUCUUCAUUAGCAAUAAAUCUCCCUGUGCGCGUUUCUCUUUUCUUUUUCUUCCUCCAUUUCUUCGAUUCCUCCUUUCCCUACUUUCUUCGGCGUUCUAGAUGCUCUUCCGUAACACGUACACUUCUUGCGUGCGUAGGCAUAUAUAACGUAUGCUCGUGAAGAAUUGAUGUAGAGUGUCAAUAUUGUUACAAAAUACCUCAUACGGGACGAUCACAUAUUAAUUCGAUGUUCUUUUAUUCGGUGAAUUUUUCCGUUUAUUUAUAGUAUUAUGCGAAGAGAAGGAAGAGAAAGUGACAGGAGACUUCUACAAAAAUGAAUAUAAUAAAGAUUAUAAAAGGA